CAAGACUUCACGACGAGAAACAACAACAAUUUGUCGGUGUUGCAAAUUGUGCGACAAGAUUCGACAUUCAGCAGCAGCCCUGAGUGGUGUUGCGUCUAUUUUCCCUUGUUAAUCACACUCCCCGUCACCGGCUGCCCGCGCAGUUGUAGUCAUCCACCAUGAGGAUCGAAACAUGCCAUCUGUGUUCUCGCCCAGUGUACCCCUCCAAGGGUAUCACUUUCGUCCGCAACGAUGCAAAAGUCUUUCGGUUUUGCCGCUCCAAGUGUCACAAGAACUUCAAGAUGAAGCGACAACCUCGUAAACUCAAGUGGACAAAGACCUCUCGCGCCCUCCGAGGCAAGGAGAUGAUCGUCGACCAAAACUUGCUGCUUUCGCAAUUCGCCAAGCGACGAAACGCCCCCGUCAAGUACGACCGCAACCUGGUGGCAGCGACCAUGAAGGCCAUGGAACGCAUCGAAGCGAUCAGAGCCCGAAGAGAGCGUGUGUACACCAGACGGAGACUCAGCGGAAAGGCACAACGCGAGGCGAGAAGACGGCAGGAUCUCAAAGUCGUCGCCGAAGGGGAGCACCUCAUCCGGAAGGAAUUGGCAGAUCUCGAGGCCGCGAGGGCGGAGACGGAUCCCAUGGUCGAGGAGGUCAAGGCCCAGAUGGAGACUUCAAGACUGGUCGGAGAGGAGAGACUCAGACAGAAACGGAAGAGGAAGAUGCUCGUCGGUGGCGGGACGGAAGAGGAGAUGGAUCUCGAUUAAGAUGUGGCUCGAUUGUGGUCAAAAGUUCAUUUCCACAAGUAUUACGUGUCUACGAUACCCGGCGUUUCUCUCAGGUUGCCCUUGAAUACGAAAAUAAAGAAGUGGUUCGUCAUUCUAA